CAAAACUUUUAGAUUCGCAACCAAAACUUUUAGAUUCGCAACCAAAACUUUUAGAUUCGUUAACAAAACUUUUAGAUUUGCAAACAAAAUUUUAGGAUUCCCAACCAAAACUUUUGGAUUCUUAACCAAAACUUUUGGAUUCAAACAAAACUUGUGGAUUCAGAAAAUUGAUUUUACUUGAAAUAAAACAUGUUUUGAUUGCAUGUCGACAGUUUUGUUCUUAAACCUAUUCUGUUUGCUUGCACAAUGAAGACACAAAAAUAACUCCAUACUUUGAAUAAUUCUUUCUGAAUAGCUGAAACACAAUACAGGGGUUUUCUGGUUAUAUUCUAAGCUAAAUGUGUAUCUACUGUAAUGUCUAAUUAAAUUUGAGCACCUCCUCGUUUUAAUUAAGAUAAAAGACGGCAAAGACAGCUUUUCUUUAUUCAACAACCACAAGUCCCGCAAGGCUUUGACGGCACAUCUAUUCCUGUGAUUCCAGGAACUCAUGUUAGUGUUGAGCGCUAACAAAAUAAAUUUCAUCUCCAGGAGGGUUGUUGCUUUUUCUGUAUAUGGUCACACCUAUUUGUCAUGCAAGCACACGUGAUGGGAUCAAAGGCCUUAAAGCGGGGUCUUUCUAUUCUGAGCUAUGCUUCUGAGGCAGACACAGCUUGGUACAACAACAGGGUUCAUAGCCUGACCAAUACUGUUCCAAGGAUUGUGCAGAGCCGGCGGAUCGAUCAUGCCCCCUCCAGCAGCUGCCAAACUGGGCUACACACCUCCCGAUGGAGGCUGGGGCUGGGCUGUCGUCUUUGGCGCUUUCCUCUCCAUAGGAUUCUCCUAUGCCUUUCCCAAGUCCCUAACCAUCUACUUUAAGGAGAUUCAGGAAUAUUUUUCAGUUUCCUACAGUGAGAUUGCCUGGCUGUCCUCAGUCAUGCUCGCUUCUAUGUAUGCAGGAGGACCUUUGAGCAGCGUACUUGUCAACCGCUACGGCAGCAGACCUGUGGUUAUGGUCGGCGGGGUUAUGGUUAGCGCUGGCAUGGUGCUUGCUUCUUUUGGCAGGACUAUCAUGCAUCUUUAUCUUUGCGUUGGAGUAAUUGGAGGUUUUGGCCUCGCCUUCAACCUACAGCCGGCCCUGACGAUCAUAGGUACCUACUUCCAGGUCAAAAGGCCAAUGGCGAACGGGCUCGCCAUGACAGGAAGUCCAGUUCUCCUGUUCACACUGGCUCCUCUCAAUCAGUUUCUCUUUGAUUCUUUUGGCUGGAGAGGGAGCUUCCUCAUCCUGGGAGGCAUUGUUUUGAACUGCUGUGUAGCUGGCGCUUUGAUGAGACCAGUCAAUAAAAAUGCCCAACCCAAACCAAAGGCUGAACCACCGGAGUUUAACAGGGCAGCCACCGAGAAAGCUGCUACUUCAGACACCAAUGCACAGUCAGCUAACCUUCUGACUGAAGAAAAGCAAAACGAGAGCAGGAGUCAGGGCUGCUUGUACAAAUUCAUAGAUCUCUCACUUUUCAAACACCGGGGCUUCCUCAUUUAUCUCAUUGGUAAUGUGGUCAUGUUUUUUGGGUUUUUCGCGCCUGUGGUCUUUCUGGCUCCGUACGCCAAACAUCAAGGGAUUGAUGAAUAUUCAGCAGCUUUCUUGCUUUCUAUUUUUGCUCUGGUGGACAUGAUUGUCAGACCAGCAACUGGCCUCAUUGGCAACACCAAGUGGAUUCGGCCACGGAUCCAAUACUUUUUCAGUUUUUCAGUUGCAUACAAUGGCGUGUGCCACCUUUUAUGCCCACUGUUACCUGGAUAUUGGGGUCUGGUUACUUAUGCAAUCAUCUUUGGUGUGGCGUUUGGGAUGGUUUGCUCACUGCUUUUUGAAGUUCUGAUGGACCUUGUUGGAGCUCAGCGCUUCUCCAGUGCAGUCGGACUCGUCACCAUCAUCGAAUGUGGACCGGUGCUUCUUGGACCUCCAAUGUCAGGACUUCUAGUUGAUAUUUUAGGGGACUACAAAUACAUGUACUACGCGUGCGGAGUGUUCAUGCUGGUGCCUGGCAUAUAUUUCUUCUUCAUGCAUUACUACAACUACAAGAAACUGGCCGAGGAGCGGAGGCAUGGUGUGGCUGCGGAGAUGAGGACUUGUGAAGAGGCAGUCACACUCAAAAUGAGCCAAGAUGGUAAAACAGCACAUGAAACAGAUGGAUGAACAUGCUGACUAUAACAUUUGGUAUUUUAAUGGUUUAUUUUAUAUAUGUUAGUAUUACAGCACACGUCCAUUAUAACUCUACUGGCCCUCGUUCAUAAAUCAUCCAGAAAUGCUGCAGUUCCUUCCAAUGCAAUUCUCAUAAUGGCUCUAUAAACUAAUAUGGUUCCUCUUUGUUUCUUCAGUGGCUGAAUAAAAAAUAAUUUUCCUGAGGGACUGAUAUAAAAUAACGAGUCGAACCCCCACAACACAGAGCCAUACCACUACUCUUUACUGCCAUCUUGUCACCACUAGAUGGCACCGGACACCAUCAUGUGAGAACUCGAGGUGCAACACAUCUCAACUAUUAAACUAAAAUUAAAACAACAGACAUCUUCAUUGGUGAUUUGGUUCUUUACAGAUUUGUUUUCCAAAGUCUGGGUCGUGACCGCCCACCCAUGGGCUGGCAAAUAAUAUGAAUAUGUGUUGCAUGGGGCGAAGCAAUUAAAAUAUGAGAAAAUGAAAUGUCUGUUGUAAAGACUACACCCUUCCUCUCUUAAAAUACCUGCCCUGAAAUCCCCUCCUGCUGCCCAUAACUUUAACUCCCACUCUUAGAGAAAAAAAUUCUUUAUCCAUUCUUCAAGUUUUAGUCGACAGUAAAAAAGCAUUUUCAGUGCCAUGGGGAUCUGUACAAGUUGCUUCACUGCGGCAUCACUUUAGUACAGUCGUAAAAAUUCAGUAUUAGGUUCUGGAAAUGUUUUAGCAUUGAACUUUUAAAUAAGUUUUGGGAACCCUAUGUGCCUUUAAUAAAAAAGACUGCAUUUGCAUGUGCAGGUGACAAACUGAAAUGUUUUACUUACCCUCACUGACAUAAAAAAAUGUUUUGUGCAUGUAACACCCGCACAUUUAUCAUACUGUAGUUACUGUAGCGUCCAAAUAUUUCAGUAUUUUAAGGUGCUAUUUUUAGUUGUUUCUCAGUCGAUACAUAUUUAUCUUAUGUGUGUUGUGAAGAACCUAAUAACCUAAUAAUACAUAUAAAUCAAAGGUUCUGCCUCAUCUAGCACACCGCAUAGAAAAUAUUUAACAGCAGACAAAAUUUGAAAUCCCAUGCCAGGUCACAUCAACACAUCACAGGUCAAACUUUAUAUUCUAACACACCGCAUGAUUACAGCCUCUUAGUGCCAGGCCUUAAGCAACUGCAAUAAAAAGAUACACAGUGGAGACAUUCAGGAAAAGAACAAUGCCAUUAUAAGAGAUGUAUGCUUAAAUGAUCCAUUCUUAUCAUGUCCCUGCAAGGUGCAUAUUGACUUCCUUUUUCAGACGGACGAAAAUUGCUUAAGUGAGGGAAUCGAUAAGUUUAUUUAUAACCUUAGACAACGCUAUUUGAAAAUCAGAUAAACAGUGUAAAUCCAUGGCUUAUGGGUCGGUGGUCUUAUCUUUGGAUGCUGGUUUAAUUUAAAUCAACUAAAAUAUAUUACCGUUUACCCAAAGUGGUUAUCCAAUGUUAGACACAACAAGCUAAAGUUUGACUAUAAAACUGUUUUUAAUGUAUUUUCAGUUGUACAAAAUCCCAUAUCACACAAGACCACACUAAAAUAGCUCUAUUAUGAGUAAAUGUUCUGCACUACACUAAUAAUGUGACUGUAGUAAAAGUACAAAGAGUAUUAUCAGAAAAAUGUGUUUUAAGUAUCAGAAGUAUUCAUUGCAGAGAAAUAGCCCUUGUCUAACGAUAAACCUGUACUAUAUACUGUAUAUGCUAUUAUACAUACAACAUUGUAUUAGUAUUACUCAUGUGUUAAUGUGUAAGUGGCAUUAAACUCUCGGUUGAGGUGGCGCUAAUUGUUAACUAUGUUAUAUUAGGCUAAAACUAAUAAAUAUUUUCAUUUUGGAUUCA